UUAAAUAUGGUCACACACAUAGAAGAAGAAGAAAUCCUGUAAAAAUUCUGUAUAAAUCAUAAUUAUCGUCUUCUUUGCGAAACUUCCUUGUAUAACUGCGUGCAUUAUAAUCAAGUUUACGGAAUCAAAGAAUCCACUUCCUAGCCAAUCAGAAGUUGAGAGGGGUGAGCGAACAGCCAAUCAGAUUGGAAGAGGCAGAGCUCCGGAUCGAGUUGACGGUGCGUGGCUCUGAUCUCUCUCAGUUUACUUGAGCUCUCGAAACGGCUCAGUUGCGCCGGUCAGAGAGAAGACAAUAGACUUUACAUGGAGUGACAAGGGCACCAAAGAGCAUUAACCACCUCAGACAGCCUUAAACGUACGUUUAAAGUGUUUAUGUCGAGUUUUGUGUCAUUUCCCGGCGAACGAAAUGUCUCAAAGAGUUCGCAAAAACGGAUCUCCGACGUCUAACUGCAGCGGAGCGAGCGCUGGAAGCCCGAGCGGAUCCCCGGGGAUCAGCGCCGCUGGAGUGAGUUUACUGGGUCGCCUGCUGCCUAUGAAAGCCACGGUUCCCUUCCAGCUGAAAACGCAGACACAGCACCCUCUACAGUCACGGACAGUCCUCUCCUCCACCGGUAACGGUAAAUGCCACAGCAGCGGAACCCACAGCCGGAGCCCCACGCGAUCUCUCUCCUCCUGUGCCUCAAACGUUUCUGCAGCCACGUCCACUUCUUCUGCGACGUGCUCACAGUUCAUCGCUGUUUCCUCUGCUCCCUCCUCAUCUUCUUCUUCACCAUCUUCAUCCUCAUCCAGAACUAGUCCCAUUAUCGCUGUGCAAGCGUCAAACCCCAGAGCGUCCCACGCGCAGGUACCUGUACCAUCCUCGUCAUCAUCACCCUACACAGGUGCGCACCUGAGCCCCCAGUGCUGCAGCUCAGACACUUCAGCCCUUACCUCUAAUUUAUCUGCCUCUCCGUCUUCAUCCUCGUCGCUGUGGUCGUGCGCCCACAGGGCUAAACCCCUCCAGACCCCUGAAUAUGACAGACUGUCUCCGGAGAGGCUCAGUCCCAGCUCACCUGUCUGCACAGACAAGCAUAGACUUCCUGUGGCAGGGUCUUGGUAUACCACCAGCAAUAACGGUAGCAUUCGUCGCACCUCUUCUUUGGACGCGCUCACGGCCCCUUACCUGUCUGGACACUGGCCCCGGGACGCCAACCACGCCCCUUGUGCCCCUUGCAUGAGGGACAAAUCCACCCAGACCCCCAGCACCUGGGCCGAUGAAUGCGAAGAGAAGAAGAGGGGCUGUCACAAGCGCUCAGCCUCCUGCGGCAGCACUGACCAGCUAAAAGAGAUUGUGAAACUGAGGCAGCAGCUCCAGCGCAGUAAACACAGCAGCCGUCACCAUCGCGACAAGGAACGCAAAUCUCCCUUCAAUGGCAACCAUGCUGCUUUCAGCCAGUCACAGGCUCCUAUUCCAAAGAGCGUCCUGAUCUCUAUUCCCAUCUCCAAGUCCUCCGUCUCUCGUUUCCGGAACAGCGUGGAAGGGCUGAAUCAGGAGAUCGAGCGCAUCAUUGUCCGAGACACAGGAGAUAGAGAGGAGCAGCUUAUUCCUCAGGAGGCUCCGGAUGGGCAUCGGGCUCCUCCUCCUCUCUGCCAACGCAGCGCCAGCUCCCGCAGCAUUGACACACAGACGCCCCUGGGCACCGCAGCGGGCAGUAACCACAGCAACAGCAGCAGCCGCUCUCAGUCCAUCUCACCCACGUUCCUGAACGUGCCAAGUGAGCCCUGCAGCGAUAGUCCAUCUCCCCACGAGGACGAGACUCUGGCUGACGGCCGUGAGAAAGAUCUGGCCCCCAGCUCACCCCUACCCAAAUACGCCUCAUCCCCGAAGCCGAACAACAGCUACAUGUUCAAACGCGAGCCGCCCGAGGGCUGUGAGCGAGUCAAGGUCUUCACAGAGGAAACCCAGGCCAGGCCUCCACGGGAGAUCCCACAGUUCCUGUGCCCAGAUAGGAACAAGGUCAAUUUCAUCCCCAAGAGCGGCUCUGCGUUCUGCCUGGUCAGCAUUCCCAAACCGCUGAUGCCCACACAGGAGCUCAACAACCUCAAGAACCAGAGCGCCGCCCAUCUCACGCCCGAACCCGAGCCGAGAGUCUCACGAAGAACCUGCAUGCUUUCCCAGCAGCCCUCAGGCUCCUCCCCCUCCUCCUGUCUGUCAGAGAGUUAGACACGCCCCUCAACCAGCGUCCCAGCAACUGCGUCUGCAUACCCUGCACAUUUCAAUAAUCGAACAUGAUUAAAAAAAUAAUAAGUGACUCUUAGAGAACAAAGCGGUUAUUAAUAAUAGCUUUUGUUGGGUGCGAAGAUGAAACGGUUGCCUUUGCUAUGCACAUUUUUAGCUUUGUGCUUGUUCUCAAAGAACAAAGGCCAUUUUUGGGGGGUUUUGGGUUUGUGAUAAACGAAUUUAGCUUUGAAUUAUUCCUCUACCUUCCACAGAUAACGAGUGAACCUGAGAAUGUGUCUCAGAUCGCUAUGAAAAUGAAUCUAAAUGAUCUUUCUCAGUACUGAGGUGGCUGCAUGGAUCUGUUUUUGUGAGACAGUGUAUAUUUUAUAAUAGUUUGCAGUGGAUCGCAUCAUUGAAUACAAAUGAUGCCAUUUCAGAUGAGACCAAGAGACCUGGUAGAAUGAAUUCUGGGUUGAUGAAGGUCUCCGGGACUGAAUCGUUUUCACAGCAGCGGGCCUUCUCCGUUCAGUUCUGACAGAAGCAGCAGGGGAACAGGAGGGAACGGUUCUCUGCUUUUUCUCCUCUUCCUUUCUCACUGGUGGCGAGGAGACAGAAAGGUGCUAAAGAUAAGACUAGCGAGUGUGAGAGAGAACGCCGCUUAAUGGCUACAGGACGAGUGGCCUGUAAACCCGAUUCUUUUGUUUGCAUGGUUGUAAAAUGCGUUUCAAAUGCAUAUGGGUCCAAACUCUGAACUUCAAACCCAGCGGGGAACAAAGUGAGAGAGCGAGGGGAGGGCAAGACAGGAUCUGGGUGGACAGACGCGAUGUUUUCUCACCUCUCGCAAUGAUCCAGCCGAUUUAGCUCGAGGAAUGUUUGAAAGAAGGACACGACAAGUACAAAAUCAAACUGCGAAAAUGUAACGCAUAAAUGUCCAGGUAGUUCACAAUUCAGAUGUCUAUCAAAACAUUCAUGGAAUAUUUUCUAUGAUAUCCAAUGAAAUAGUUUACAAAGUCAGAGCACAAUAUUUUCAUUAGAUUGAUUUAAUGCAUGCAUUCUGGGAAAUUUCAGUCUGUGUGUGUAUGUAUGCGUGUGUGUGUGUGUGUGUUUCACUAGAUUCAAGCAAUUAAAAACCACAGAUUUUCUCUCCGUUUCAGUGUCUAAAUGCCAUUUUCAUCAUGGAGCAGACUUUUCCAAAUCUUCCUUAUUGAGCAUCUAAGGCUGAUUUCCUAGUAUGCUGUAGUUGUUUUUAUCGUUAUUUUGUAUGAACUCAAGUAGUGUCUGAUGAAAGAUUAUCAUUUUAUGCAGCUCACGCAAGUGCUUCUGUAGACUUGGCCAAAGAGAACAUUUCCUGUGGCUCAGUGACAGCUAUUGUAGAUGGAAUUAUUAGGCGACUUAAAGGAACAGUUCACCCAAAAUUGUAUGUUUUCCCAUCUUCUGUGGAACAUAU